GCUCAGGUGUGCCCGGCCCUGCCCUCGGCCCGGGAUGUGCUGAGGGCCGGAGAGCGAGGGCGAUGGAGCCGCUGGAGACCAACAGCAGCUGCGGCAACGGCUCUCUGAUCACUCUCUCGUGCCUUUCCCACCGGGUGGUGUGCCAAGUGAUCAGCAGUGCUGUCCCAGCUGACCGUGUCCAGGACAAUGGGACUUCAGGUAAUUCCUGGAUAACUCAGCUGGAAAACAACUAUGGAUUCUACAUUGGCCUGGGCUUGGCUGUCUUCUCCAGCUUCCUCAUCGGGAGCAGCGUCAUCCUCAAGAAAAAGGGAUUGCUACGGCUGGUGGAGAAGGGAGGCACCAGGGCAGGAGAUGGAGGCCAUGGCUACCUAAAGGACUGGCUCUGGUGGGCUGGCUUGUUAACCAUGGGUGGAGGGGAAGCUGCCAACUUCGCUGCCUAUGCCUUUGCUCCUGCAACUAUUGUCACACCUCUGGGGGCUCUGAGCGUGCUCAUAAGUGCCAUUCUGUCCUCAUAUUUGCUUGGAGAACGGCUCAACCUGCUGGGAAAGCUGGGCUGCCUGCUGAGCCUGGUGGGCAGCACUGUGAUGGUCAUACACGCCCCAGAGGACGAGGCAGUCACCACUCUGGAGGAAAUGACUUCCAAGCUGAAGGAGCCGGGUUUCCUGGCUUAUGCUUCGAUCCUCCUGGCUCUCUGCUUCCUCCUGAUCUUCUACCUCGCCCCCCGUUAUGGCCAGAGCAACAUCCUCGUCUACCUCACCAUCUGCUCCGUUAUCGGCGCCUUCUCCGUGUCCUCAGUCAAGGGCUUGGGAAUUGCCAUCAAGGGCUUCUUUGCUGGCCAGCCUGUGCUGCAGCACCCACUGACCUGGAUCCUGGUCAUCACGCUGGUGGCAUCCAUCACCACACAGAUCAACUACCUCAACAAGUCUCUAGACAUUUUCAACACCUCUUUGGUGUUCCCCAUCUACUACGUGCUGUUCACCACCAUCGUCAUCGCCACUUCCAUCAUCCUCUUUAAGGAGUGGGUCACCAUGACCGUGGUUGACAUCAUUGGCACAGUCUGUGGCUUCCUCACCAUCAUUUUGGGGGUGUUUUUACUCCAUGCUUUCAAAGACAUGGAUGUCAGUUUAGGGAAUUUACCCCAAGUCCUGCAGAAUGAGCAGCCAGCGCCGGUCACCAGAGAUGACAAGAACAUCCUGAUAGAGGUGGACAACUCCAGCAUCGCCCCAGAGGAUAAACCCAAAACACUUGCAUGAACUCUAAAAUACACACCAGCGUCUCAAGAGGAGGUGGGAGACAAGGACUGAACGGUGCUAUUCAGACUCGGCUCAUCCAUGUUUAAUCACUUGCUCUGCAAAGAAGGGGACCUCAAUAUGGGCAAAAUAUGGUGAAUUUUGCAAUAGCUGCUCACUCACGCUCAGUAACAGGACUCAAGCCAUGGAGCAUUUUUACAGAGAGAUCUUUUCCAGCUUUUGUUUUUUUGUGAGGUGCAGGAGUUUCCCUGGAGCAGUGUUAAUUAUUUUUAUGGGAGUUUUGUUUGUUGGGGUUUUUUUUUUUUCCUGAGCUGCUCUGGUACCUAGGCCUUGGUGAAGUUGCUGGGCCUGACCCAGACCCCACCUGAGGAAGGGCAAUUCCUGCUCAGGUUGGGGAGCUCUGGCAGGGCAAACCCCGUGUCAAGAGAAACUCUACCACUGUCUCCAAGAUUUCUCGUGACAAUUUUUCCAGUCUGAAAGACCAAGUGGCUGUAAAUAUUAAGUAUUUUUCCCUCAGGAAAUACCUUGACCUUGAAAAACCCCCCAAAUUCUUUGAGCCCUAAGAGGUGUCCCGCUGUCCUCUGAAAUGCUCACCUGAUUAUAUCUGGGUGUGAGCAUCACUGAGCAAAUACAUUGUGGGGCUUUGGGAGAGAGGACAAUGCAAUCUAUUUUAAUAACAUUUCAGUGCUAUCUUUUUCAAUGUGGGAAGGGAAAUAAAGGUUUUUUUUU